AUGGCUGGUUCGGACGGGCCGCCGCGGCUCUGCAGCGCUUCCCGGCCCUGCCCAGGUCACCGAGGGGCUGGUGUAGGGGGACGCGGGGUGGAGGGGCCCCUCCUGCACGGGAAGGGACCCCCGAGCCCGCAGAACCUUCCCUUCUUGGAUAACGUGGCGCGACGCCCACCAGCCCUCGGCGGGAACUUUGCUGUCAGCUUCUUCGAGGACUUAGAGAAGCGACACCAGGAAAACCUCCUGAUUCCCGACAUCAGCGACAUAGUGGAAGAACACGCCUCGAAGCACUUCAGCCCCUACGUCAGCUACUGCUCCAACGAAGUCUACCAGCAGAGGACACUUCAGAGGCUGCUAACCACAAACCCCUUAUUUAAAGAGACCUUGAAACAAAUUGAAAGGAAACCAGAAUGUGGAGGCCUGCCAAUGAUAUCGUUUCUCAUUCUCCCCAUGCAGAGGGUAACACGGCUUCCCCUGCUGUUGGAUACUGUCUGUCAAAAAACAAAAGCAUGCACUGCAGCGUACGGAGCUGCCACCAGAGCGCUGAAAGCCAUCAGCAAGCUGGUGAAGAGCUGCAACGAGGGAGCUCGUGCUAUGGAGAGGACAGAGCAGAUGUACACCCUGCAGAAACAGCUGGAAUUUGGAAAGAAGAAGCCUUUCCCGCUGAUUUCUGCUUCCCGGUGGCUGCUGAAGCGGGGGGAGCUCUACCUGCUGCUCUCGGAGGAGGGGGGCAUCUUCCGCCGAGGCGCCGGCAGGCUCUGCCACCUCUUCUUGUUCAACGACGUCCUCAUCAUAACCAAGAAGAAGAGCCAGGCCGGGCCGGGGGGCACCGGGGGUGCUGUGGCUACCGGCCGUCCCUUCCACUGGGUCCCUGCUGUCCCCGCAGAUCUGAGCCAGGUGGAGAUAACCCGCGCCUACCUGGCUAAGCAGGCGGACGAGAUUUCCCUGCAGCAGGCUGAUGUGGUGCUGGUGUUGGGUGGAGAGGACGGCUGGUGCUGGGGCGAGAGGCUGCGGGACGGCGAGCGGGGCUGGUUCCCCCAGGCCUGCGCUCGGCAGAUCACCAGCCGCACGGCGGUGGAGGGCAACGUCCGGCGCAUGGAGCGCCUGCGGGUGGAGACCGACGUGUAGGCGCCUCCAUCCUCCCGCGGGUCGGGGGGUCUUCAAACCUCUGCAGACUGAGCUCGUAGUGAGGAGGCAGCGGCAGAGCCUUUCUUCUUGAAUUCCGUCUGUCUUGAGCAGUCGCAGGCGGCAGAUCUUAUCGUGCAGGACCGGUCUUUGCAGCGGCCGUGGCAGCAGCGAAUUAAUGUGAGACCUGGCACCGGCGCGCUCCCGGCCAGCGCUAAUAUUAAUGACCUGGAACGGGCUUCGAGAGGCAGCCACGGUGCUGGCACAAGUUGAAAAGGCUGCGGCGGUGCUGGGGGCUCUGAAGCGGCUCGUGCUGCCGUCCCUUUCCCUGCCGACGUCUGGGCUGGCGCCUGCUGGCAGCAGCCUCGCGCCUUCUGUGGGAGGACGUGGGGCACAGGGAGAGGCACCUGAAUCGAGAACUUUUAGGAACUUAAACCCACAUGCCAGGUUUAUUCCUUGAUCCAAUUUUUCCCUCCUAUUUCUUUUUUUUUUUUUUUUCUCUCUCUCUCUUUCUUCUGCCCCCACAAUUAUUCUUGGUUCCUUUGAGCACAAGGUGGUGCCCACUUGCUAAACCAGCAGAUGCCAAAGGCAGGUGCUCUCAGAAUUGUUCUCUUGAGGCCAGAACUGGGAUGCUCCAGCCGGAGGGAAGAGAUCUGCAAGUCCCGCUGGCCGAGCAGCCCAGCAGCAUGAAGAGGAGUGGCGCUGCAGCUCCCAGCUGCCUUUCCCGUCUCCCGGGGUGGGCAGGUGGAGGUGCCCCGGCAGAACUGGGGGGCUCAUCCCCCCGCCCCCAGAGAGGGACGUAGUCACAGAGGGUCAAAGCUCAGCCUUCGUGAGGCAGAGCGGUCCCCUCUCCCUUCUCCCCCAGAACUAGCACCAAGGGGUUAGUUAACAAAGAGGGUUGAGGCAGCGCAGUGCUUUGGGCACAGUUUGCGCCUGGGUUCGUCACAAAUCAGGUGUUUAACGCCGCGGGAGCUGGGGCUGCAGGGCCCUGCCAGGCUCAGCUGCUCACGCCUCGUGGAGGGGAGAUGGCAGCUGGGGGGGGGAGGCAGCUCCCUGCGCUGCCCGGCUUUGGGUUCACCGUUGUUAUAAGGUGUCUGUUUUGAUUAAAACUGUUAAAGGAUUAAUUGAAUUAGCAAUAAAUUCUUGGAUGCCAAUGAAACACCCGUUGUCGCCCAGAAGGGAACGGUGCGCAAUG